AUGUCCAAGCUAACUCUUGUGUCCAGCAAUAAAUGUUUUGGUGGAGAUCAGAGGGUUUACAGUCAUGAGAGUUCAACCGUGGGCUGUACAAUGAAGUUUGGAAUCUACUUGCCAGCUGAUGCUGUGGAUGGAACCAAACUGCCAGUUGUGUAUUGGCUCUCAGGAUUGACUUGCAAUGAGCAGAACUUCAUCACCAAGGCCGGAGCUCAGCGAGUGGCAGCCAAGUUGAACCUCAUCAUUGUCAACCCUGAUACCAGCCCACGCGGUGUCAACAUUGAAGGAGAAGAUGACAGUUACGACUUUGGGUCUGGCGCUGGGUUUUAUGUGGAUGCCACCACUGACAAGUGGAAGAAACAUUAUCGUAUGUAUUCGUACGUGGCUGGUUGGUUGCCAGAGCUGAUCAAUGAGAACUUCUCAACAAUUCCAGACAAGAAAGGCAUUUUUGGUCACAGAGUUAACCAGCAUGGGCGGUCAUGGAGCUCUGAUUUCAGCACUGAAAAACCCUGGCCUGUUCAAAUCUGUGAGUGCCUUUGCUCCAUAGCUCACCCAAUCAGGGCUGCCUGGGGGAGAAAAGCUUUCCAAGGAUACCUGGGACCUGAUGAGAAUAUCUGGAGGGAAUAUGAUGCCACUGAGCUGGUGAAGGUUUAUGAUGGACCACCUUUAGACAUCUUGGUAGACCAGGGGGCCGCUGACCAGUUCCUGAAAGAGGGUCAGUUACAUCCAGAAAGUCUGAUGGAGUCGUGCGCUGAAAGCAAGAUGCCCAUCGUCAUGAGGAUGCAGGAGGUAAAUUGUAGACUGUUGUAUGUAUGCAUUAGACUGUUGUACACAUAUAUAUAUCUAUAUAUAUAUAGAUAUAUAAGAUUGUAG